AAUAAAGUGAUUGAUAUAAUUUGAUAUGAAGUGAGAACACAGUGAAAUCCAAAGCCGUCCAAGAAACUAAAGACUGACAUUAAAUUUGUGACUGGAAGGACAUGGUGUAUAUCAGUGCCAGCAUUUACAAGAAGUUUCCGUUUAAGUCAGUGACUGUUACUUUGAGAAACAGUCACAUAAUGGCAAUCGAUAAAUUUGAGGUCAGCAGUAAUUGUGUCAUGAUAUUUGAGAUUGAGGAUGUAAUCUAAGUCCUAUCUUCCCAGCUUGAUAUCAGAUAACUGUAACUUAUAAUAUUCCUGACACUGGAUACCAACAUACCCCUUCCUGUUCCAAAGGACAGGAACAGGAAUGUCUAUAAAGACAUGGACGAGUGAGUUUGGUGUGGAAGAACUUGACUGGCUUGCACAGAGUCCUGAUCAACCCAAUAGAACACCUUUGGGAUAAAUCAGAGUGGAGACUGUGAACAAGGUCUUCGCAUCUGACCUAAAAAAUGCACUUCUGAGAGAAUCGUCAAAAACUCCCAUAAACACACUCCUAAACCUUGUGGCAAGCCUUCCUAGAAGAGUUAAAGCUGUUAUAUCUUCAAAGGGUGGGCCAACAUCAUAUUAAAUGCUUUGGAAUUAUCACUCAAGUUAUAUGUGUGAAGGCAAAAGAGCGAAUAUUUUUGGCAAUAAAGUGUAUUACUUACUACCUGUAAUAUUGACUGUUUGGAAGAAAAAAAACAGAUAUUUAGAAACCUGGUUGUGAAGCGUCAUUUUGAAGCAUUUUAGUCACAUGCCUGUUGUUGUUUUUUUUACCUCAAAGUGACCAUAUUUGAACGAAGAGCCACUGUGCUAAGUUAUCAGCUAAUGCUAGUUGGCUUUGUUAGCAACCUACAUCCAUAUACUGGUAUGUGUGCAUUGAAUAGAGGCAAACACCCAUUAAUUUGGGCAAACUAAGCAACAGAUACUAAAUUUUCACUUACUAAAGUUCUUUGAAGGGGCUUUUACUAUAGUUAACAAUAUGACACACUGUUUUAUUUCACUAAAAUGCUUCGGAAAGAAGCAACUCAAUUUAGCUGAUGUCAAGUAGCAAAUAGCUAGCCAUUGUCUGUGUCAACAUCAGGGACAGCAUAAAAGAUGGAUGUAGUUACCAUGAUGGUACCCGCUGGUUUCUGAGGUCGUGUUUUUUGAAGCCUUGAGAUGAGUGUUUCUUCCGUUGCCAUCUUGCUUGCUAAAGAGAAAAAAACUACUAGUGAGGGAUAUGUCUGACACGAAAUAUUCAGUGUGUGGAUUCAUACCACAGACAAUUCUCCAUUAAAGAAAAACAACAUAUGACCAAGAUUUACAAAACAAAAUUAAAACAAUAUUUUAAAAAAUACACUACUAUGGGACUGUAAGUCUUUUUUGCAGUCACAGUCACCUAUCUAGUAGCCUGUAGACAGAAAGCAGAUUUAAGACACUUCUGCUGUACCUUAAUUUUUCCAACCCGGAAGCUACGUCUGUCUUAUAUGCUGUCUAGGUUCAGUACUCAUUUCUAUCACUUUUAACUCAAAGCAGCCUCAUUUUGAGAGAAAUUUGUUACCGGGAGAAAGUAGCUAUAGAAACCAAAGCUUGUUGAACCUCUUAAAAGAAAACUUGCUUAGUGGAACAAGAUUACUGCAUAACAUUUGCACUACUGCUGCUUGGAAAAUGAAGGCAGCAAAGCUGGUGCAGGGGCCACAUGCUAAGAAAUAAAAAUGUGGUCUAAUGAAUUGUCUGUUCUUUCUACUCAUGGUUACCAACUGUCGGUUUCAAACUGUGUUGUGAAAUUGUAGUGGUUAUGUGUAGCCAUCCCACGGGAGUCACAAGAUGUAAUGACUGUGCUGCAUAGCUGCACGAACAGCAGAGUUAUACGGCACUAUAUAGAACCAGGAGCAGUCAGGUUAUGAUGAACAUUGCAACACCAAGAACACCACAAAACGAUUGAUUUCCACAAUUUUAACCCAAAACAAAAAAUCUAGCUGAAUUCCCUCUUGCAUUUUAUUGACACUUUAUAUUCACAAAGCGUUGAAGUAUUUGUAUCUGUAUAUGCUUGAGUGUAUUGGUUUGUAAAACAAAUGGUCAUCAGAUUCUUAGUAAGCAGACUGUGAUCAAAUGACAGUGUAUUAUAUCAGCCCGGAUGGCAGUUUGUUUUUUUGCCAACAGCUAUUAGAAAUGUCUGCAGAGGCCUUUUUCAGUUUUUCUCCUUUGUGCCUAAACAUCACCUCCCUCUGGUGGUAAAACAUAGUAGUAGUCCACUUUGGUAGAGAGAGGUUAAUAUCACAAGUAUUGUGUGUGCAGUUAGAAAUAAUCUGUGGUCCUUUACAAUAUGUGACACAUUACUGAAAACAAUUACAGCUUGGUAUUCUUCUUCUAGGGCACAUUUAUCUAUUUUAAUAUAGUUUUAUAUUAUUUCUUUUUUGUUUAUGGGUAACAAAUGACACCUCAGAAAACAGCCCUGUCAUUAAAUGUAACGAUUGCUUGAAUCUGAUUGUUUCUAGUAGAUUAUCUCUCUACAGUCAUGACAGUCCAAAAAAAUAAAAAUCCACAAAGUUAGUAAUAUUCUUCUCGUAUUGUCUGUUUGUAGCGCAUACCCCUGUAAGUUGUCACAGACACUUGAAUGAUUUCCACCCAACUGCAUGAACUAGCAGAUCCGAGGUGUAGGCGGUAGCUCUUUUUUCCCCCACGAAGCCUGUUGUGUGGCACACAGCAAUCGUCAGCAACAGAUUGAGAGUCUGGUGGGGGCUGAUCCUGAUUUAGAGGUGAUGGAGGCAGACAAGGGUCCAAUUUCCUUUGAACUCAAAGUAUCAUUAUUUGUGAAAUGAGGGGGAAUAUGUGAUAUAGCAAAAUAAAACCUACACUGGUAAAUAAUUUAUUAUUGUGCCGCUCCACAAAUAGAAAAACGUGAGCCAGUUUACCCAAUAGGUUUGUGUCACUGCAGACAUUUUUGCACAUUAAAAUAAGAAAAGCACAAGAUGUAUAAAAUAAAAUAAUAAUGGAUGAUGAUUUCACUUGUGUUUGCCAACUUGAAUAAAUGAAGAAAUGUCAAAAGCUAAUUUUUAAUAUGGCUUUGUAAGAAAUUCAAGUGAUUGUGCUUUUUGUAUACUACAAAAAUGUAUUUAAAUGACUGUGAUGUAAAAAGUAAAAUAUAUUUACAGCAACUUAGUAACUAAAACACUGUUGUUGUUGAUUACGGUAGUUGUACUGUAAAAUAACAGCUUCAUGCUGGCAAACAGAUCCAAGUAGUUUAUUGUAAUUUAACAUGAAAUUUUGUUGCAGCAUAUUUCAGUUCACCCCAAUCUCUGGCUGCAGCCUUGGUUUAAGUGAGUGUAAUUGGAGGAGCCUACUGAAGACGCUAGAAAAUGGAAUUAAUUAGAAAGCCUUGAAAAUAUGUUUUCUGUAUGUUCGUUCUAUGACGCUCAAACUCCACAGUUUUGGUUUUUAAUCUACGCAUAUUCAAAUCCAGUCAUUUUGACUUAAUGAAAAACAGCGAGGGUCUUCUGUCAUUCAUACGCCCAUGCUUGUUAGAGGGGGCAAUACCAUGCAGAGGUGACAUUUGAUAGGGAGGUUGAAGGUUGACAUGCCCCCUAGCUAAAAUGGAGGGAAGGGACACGAAGGGGGUGGAGGGGUCCAGCACAGAUCAAAUUUCAACAGGACAGCAUUCCCCCCCAAAAUUUGAAGGCAGACAACGUGAGGCAGUGAGGGACAGGGCGAGAUCCUGGAUGUUCCCGGAGCAAAUAACUGGAAGUAGAGUUUGUGUAAAGUUGAUCAGAGUUAAACCUCUGUGUGACAAGUUAGAUAGCCAAACAAGGGCUUCGUGUUUGUGACAGGCAGACAUGAUGAUAGAGAGGAAGAGAUACAACCUGAUGAGCCGAAGGAGACAGACAAUGUGAUUUUUCACCCCGUCAUUAGCCUCUGCCAACAGCUGUUUUUCUUAGUUUUCUUUUAAGUCCAGGUGUUCAAAAUCUCAAGAGGGUGGUUUGCAGCAUUCCCUCGGUUAGGAUAAAAACAGGGAUGGAAAGCAGGGAUCCACAGUCCAGUGAAGGAGAAGGCAGAGGGAGAGAGAGCGAUGGGGAGAAGGACAAGCAUCUGAAGGACCAGCUCGACAGUGAGGAAAAAGGAGAGAAGGAGAUCAGGGGAAACGAGAAAGAGAAGAAGAAAGAAAAGCGUCGCUCAGGAUCUCUGUGGAGGAAUGGAUGGGCACUGAGUGAAAGACUGGCCAUCAAUGUAUCAGGGAUGCGUUAUGAAACUCAGCUUCGCACCUUAGCCCAAUUCCCUGACUCCCUGCUCGGCGACCCCAGACGAAGGUCACGCUACUUUGACCCACUUCGAAACGAGCUCUUCCUGGACCGCAAUCGAGCCUGCUUUGAUGCCAUUCUGUAUUUUUACCAGUCAGGGGGGAGGCUUCGGAGGCCUGCAAACAUACCCCUGGAUAUUUUCAUGGAUGAGCUGAUAUUCUAUGAGCUCGGAGAGGACAUCAUGAACCGCUUCAAGGAGGACGAAGGUUUUCCAAAAGAAGAGGAGAGGCCUUUGCCGUCCAACAGACUCCAGAGAAAACUGUGGAUGCUGUUUGAGCACCCAGAGUCCUCAUCGGGUGCACGCAUCAUCGCCAUCAUCAGUGUGAUGGUAAUCGUGGUGUCCAUCCUCAUCUUCUGCCUGGAGACACUGCCUGACCUCAGACAUGACAGAGAGGAGCAUCACUCCCAGGCAAAGAACAUGUCUGAGAACAUGCCUGCUGCAUCAAGUUUUUUCCACGACCCGUUCUUUCUGGUGGAGACAAUGUGCAUAUGCUGGUUCUCCUUUGAACUCAUCAUGCGAUUCACUUGCUCCCCCAGCAAAAUGCACUUCUUCAAGGAUGUCAUGAACAUCAUUGAUUUCAGUGCUAUUCUGCCUUAUUUUGUCACUCUGGGAACAGAACUGGUCAAAGACAAUGAUGCCUCUCCAGCCACGUCCUUGGCCAUCAUCAGGGUCAUCAGGCUGGUGAGGGUCUUCAGGAUCUUCAAGCUGUCUCGUCACUCCAAGGGCCUCCAGAUUCUUGGUCAGACACUGCGGGCAAGCAUGCGUGAGCUGGGUCUUCUUAUCUUCUUCCUGUUUAUUGGCGUCAUCCUCUUCUCCAGUGCUGUCUACUUUGCUGAAGCUGACCACAACAAAACAGACUUUGUCAGUAUACCACAUGGCUUCUGGUGGGCAGUUGUCACUAUGACUACAGUAGGCUAUGGUGACAUGUACCCAGCAACAGUGUGGGGCAAGAUGGUGGGCUCUAUGUGCGCCAUUGCUGGUGUUCUUACCAUUUCGUUGCCUGUUCCUGUCAUUGUGUCCAACUUCAGCUACUUUUACCAUCGAGAGACUGAAUGCGAGGACCGAAGUGAGUACACUCAUGUCGAAACUAGCCUAUGGGAGGAUGAGGAGGCCGAACGAGAGGAUUUUGAGGAAGAUGGCCAGGAUCCAGAGGGAGAUUAUUAUGCCAGUGAAGGUAUUUGCAGCCCUCUAAAUGGGACUUUGCUUGGUGGAUUGUGUACAGGACAGAGUAUAGAGUACAGGGGAGGAAAUAUGUAUCUGAGGGAACCACUGGUUACUCAAGUUUAAGGAGGAAGUUUUGUACCCUCUGACAAAACCAUCAAACCAAAAAAAGUUCAUGAUUCACAAUUAAGUUAAAAUAUAUUUAAAGGUUCUGAAGUCCUGACAAGUGAACCAACAAAUGCUAGUUUGUGCAAUUUCAAUUUAAUGCUCAUAUACCUCCUAACAACCUAAUAUUGCCUUUGUUAUUUGCUGGAACACUAACCAGUCAAAUGUCACUGAAAAGCAAUUUUUGCAUAAUACUGGUUUAAAAAACAAAUGUUUUACAUUCUCAGGGUUGUGAUAUUAAUGAAAUACAAGCUUUUAUUUAUUAAUGCUGUCAGCUUGUGUUUGAGAUGACUUCCUGAAUGUCUUGUGUCUUGAAACUAUAAUGUCUUAGUUCUUGUGCCGGAAAGUUUGAAAUGAAAGCAGAUAGAUCAUAGACGAUAUGAAUGUCACGUCUUUUCAGAACUCAACCAAAUACCAGCUGAGCUGUCAAUGAAGACAGACUAAGAUCUCUCAUACGACACCUUUCACAUUCUCAGUAUUGUUCUAUAAGUAUAAUGUUUGCAUAUUUGAUUUUUUUUUUAGUUCUGGCUUAUAUAUUACCUGAAAUGCCAGUGUUAAAUAAUUGAUUUGACUGCCAUGGCAAACGUUCUGUAUUUAUCUGCUUGAUUAAUGCAUUCAGUGUUUUUGAUAAAGAUUAUAUUUUAAUAA